AUGGCAUCUAACAAACGGCAACAGUGGAAUGAGGAGGACAUGCGACGGGCUAUUAUUAACACAACAUUGCGAAGACGCUUAGAGAAACAAGACAGCUCCAAGGGUUAUUUAGGAGGGAGAAAGGCCACUUUCUCCAAAGCCAUAGAAAACGAGAUUGCAGGUCAUAUAAUCGAAAUGGAGAUAAGAUUUUUUGGACUAACUUCCAAAGAUUUACGGCGGAUGGUAUUUGAAGUAGCCGAAAAAAAUAAAAUAAAACAUUGUUUCAAUCGGGAAGUUAAACUGGCAGGUUGGAAGUGGGUUAGGGGAUUCCUAAAACGCAAUCCACAAAUAUCUUUGAGAAGCCCAGAAAGUACGUCAUUAGCUAGAGCCCAGGCAUUUAACAAACCUAAUAUAGAAGCCUAUUUUAACGCACUAUCCAAUAUUCUGGAGCAGUACAACUUUUUGCCCGAAAAUAUAUACAAUAUGGAUGAAUCAGGUCGGAAGCAAGUGGGUGCUCUUAGUAGUGCCGAGCGUGGACAGCAUGUAACUGUAGUAUGCGCAAUGAAUGCCAUAGGAACUUACGUCCCUCCUGCUCUUAAUUAUCCUCGUCAAAGGAUGAAUGAGGAACUAAUGAACGGUGCUCCCGCUGGUAGCAUAGCUUUUACGCAAGAAAAAGGUUGGAUGACCAGUGAAAUUUUUUGUAAAUGGCUAAAGCAUUUCGUAAGAUAUACGAAAGCGUCUAAUGAGAAUAAAACUCUUUUACUUCUUGAUGGUCACAGUAGUCAUAAAAGUCUUGAAUCUCUACAAAUUGCAAAAGAAAAUGGUGUUAUUGUGUUUUGUUUUCCUGCACACUGUUCUCAUCACGUUCAACCUUUGGAUGUUGGAUUUUUUCGUCCACUUCAUACCUACUUUGAUCAAGAAAUCCAGUUAUGGCUGCGUCAAAACCCGGGAAAAGCAUGCAGUCCCAUCAAAUGCGUAAAUUCGUUCAAGAAGACGGGCAUCCAUCCUUUUAACCCCCAUGUUUUUGAGGACUGGCAGUUUGCACCAGCUCUAGCAACAGAUAAGCAGAUUUCCGAAACUCGAGGCGAUAUCAACGAAAACCAAAUGGAAUUAGACAUUCAAGACCAACCAAGUACAUCUGGUCAUAACUUGUCUUCAUCAUCAGUUCUCCACAUCUCGGUAAAAGAAAUUUUGCCCCCACCACAAGCAAUAGCCAUUGGUGCUGAUAAAGGAAGCAAGAGAAGGCGUGGAAAAACUGGCCAUUUAAAUUCAACUCCAGAAAUUUCUGAACUUAAAGAUAAAGUAAUUGAGAAGAAAUAA